AAUCAGAAUUUCAACUAAAUAAUUUAUUGAAAAUUGAAAAAUCAAUAUACCAAACUAGUAAUUCACCUGAAAUUGAAGAAUUGAAAAAUUUAGAACAUCAAGUCAAUAAUUUAUUUGAAAUUGAAGAACUGGAACACCACCUCAAUAACUUACUCAAAAAAUCAGAGCAGCAAGCAGAUAAUUCCUUUACUAAUUUUUUAGAAGAAAUCAGGAUUGAUUAUGAGAAACAGGAUCUUCAAUUAUGCACAGCAUUGGAUAAAUUCUCAGUAUACUAUGAAGCUGCUAAAUCAAAAUCAGUUCCUCAGUUGACUUCUUUUCUUUACAAUAUCAAAUGUAAUUCAAACCUUUGGCAUGCAUUAAAGUAUUCAAAAGUUAUGAAAGAGAAUAAUUCACAUAAUAUUCCUAAAUAG